AUGAGAGACGAAUUUCUCAUCAAGGAUGAGUCAUCCCGACUUGAAAACACCAUAACGCGGGACGAGAGUAAGGGAGCAGGCAUGCACGGGUUGACUUCUGUACCCAGCAUUGCUCUUCCCCCUGAAAUCUUUGAAAAGCUUUACCUUUCACCCCAAAACAAGGUGAAAGGUGAGCUGCGUCGCACCUUUGGGAAUCCCACUCCACUGCAAGCAUUGACAAACCACAGGGGUCUAGUAGGGUUUUGUAUUGCCCUUACUCCACUCUCCUGUGACCUUAUGGGGUGGAGAGGCUCAGGUGGAGGCGGUGCAGCUGACGUGGGCGCAUACUAUUGGUUUGGAGGCCUGCUCCAGAUACUCGCCUGCGUGCUGGAAUUCUUUAUUGGGAAUACCUUCACUUUUGUCGUUUUCGGCUCAUUUGGGGCUUUCUUUUUGUCUUUCGCAACUACUCUCGUGCCCUUCUACAACGCUGCCGGUGCAUAUACUACUGCCCAGAUGGAUGGCGCAGAUAGUCCUCAAUACCACGCAAGCUUUGGGUUUUUCCCGUUGUUCAUGGGUCUCCUAUGCGUUUUUUACCUCAUUUGUGCCCUCCGCACCAAUAUCAUCUUCGUCAUAAUUUUCCUUGCCCUCGUCAUCUCCCUGGGUCUAUUAACAGCCGUGCACUGGCAGGCUGCAAUAGGCAGUGCUCUGCUCGCCGCGCGUUUACAAAAGGCAGCUGGCGCAGCGGCCUUUGUGACAACUAUAUUGGGAUGGUAUCUCUUGCUUUCACAACUUCUAGCGUCGGUAGACUUUGCAUUUCAGCUUCCUGUUGGAGAUCUCAGCACCUUGUUCAGGGGUAGAAGUGAGAAGGCCCAGGCGGGGAACUACCAGGAAGGGAACCAGGUCUAA